AUGAUUUCAUAUCCGAAAGAAUGUGAGUACACCGAUCCGUUGGCAGUGUGUCAUAAAUCCGAUUUACAGGAAAAUGAGAUGAGACAGGUGGAAUUCAACGGUAGCACCAGUAUCCUCUUGGUCAAGCAAAAUGACAUCCUGCGAGCUGUUGGCGCCCAUUGUCCCCAUCGAGGAGCUCCGUUGUCGAAAGGUGUCCUGUCCAGGAAUCGAGUGCGAUGCCCCUGGCACGGAGCUUGCUUCAAUCUGGAAACUGGUGACAUAGAGAAUUUUCCAGGUCUUGAUUCUUUGCCCUGUCACCAAGUUCAUGUUGACUCCAGAGGACAGGUGCUAGUGCGAAUCAAGCGAUCUGAUUUACGGAAAACCCAGGUGACCAAGAAAAUGGUGAGGCGUAGCUUUGUUGUGGUAGGUGGUGGUCCUUCAGGUGCCAUUUGUGUGGAAACCCUGCGGCAGGAGGGCUUCACAGGACGAUUAAUUCUUGUCUGUCGGGAAAAGCAUCUGCCCUACGAUCGGAUUGAAAUCAUGAACUCCUUAAAUAAGAAAACAAGCGACUUAUAUCUCCGGGACGAAAAGUUUUACAGGGACUACGAUAUAGAGGUGUUUCUAGGAGUUUCCGCUGAGAAGCUGGAUACAUUUCGCAGCAUCCUCCAUUGCAGCAAUGGAAGGAGGUUGCAGUAUGACAAUAUCUAUAUAGCUACUGGGUAUUCAGCUAUAAGACCAGACAUACCAGGCGUUAACUUGGAAAACGUAAGAACUAUUCGAGAUAUUGACGAUGCGAGGAGCAUACUCAAAAUGGUUGGGAAAACCACCCAAGUGGUGUGUUUGGGUUCCAGUUUUAUGGCCGUGGAGGCUGCCGCCAAUCUGGUUUCCAAAGCACAAAGCGUAACACUGAUAGCCCGACAAAAUGUACCAUUUAAAAACACUUUGGGUGACUUGAUUGGGAAGCGGAUACUGCACCUCCUAGAGGAAAAUAACGUGAAGCUGCGCAUGAGCAGUGGUAUCACCCAGAUCUUGGGAAACUACCUUGGUAAAGUAACUGCCGUGGAGCUGUUGGAUAAAUCGCGAUUACCAUGCGAUCUUCUGAUCCUUGGAACAGGCUGCCAAUGCAACACGCACUUUUUACAAAACUUUGGUGUCAGAAUCAACCCCAAUGGCUCAGUGGAUGUCAACGACUUUCUGCAGACCAAUGUGCGGAAUGUUUAUGUGGGUGGUGAUAUAGCCAAUGCAUAUAUCUUGGGUGGGACCACCGAUCGAGUAAAUAUAAGCCACUACGGGUUGGCCCAAUAUCACGGACGCAUUGCUGCGAUGAACAUGUGUGGCUACAUUUCGAAACUUGAAGCUGUACCCUUUUUCUACACCGUAAUCUUUGGCAAAGCCUUUCGUUCUUCCGGCUUUGGUUCCUACAAGGACGUUAUAAUCGAUGGAAGCCUCGAGCAACUACAGUUUGUGGCCUACUUUGUGGACGAUAGGGAUAAGGUGACUUCAGUGGCCUCCUGUGGUCGGGAUCCCAUUGUCGCCCAGUUUGCCGAGGUAAUAUCACAGCAAAAGAGCUUGUGCCGGUGUCAGAUCGGUGAUUUUAGCAGUAAGUGGAUAACGAAGCUAAUGCAGUAG